AUGUCUGACGACAGCCGCGGCUUGUUCUUCGUCUUCCAGCCGACGGUCGGAGACCCAGUAGACGAGAUCACGAUCUGGUUUAAUGGCGGACCGGGCUGCAGCUCCCUCGAAGGAUUUCUCCAAGAGAACGGUCGGAUCCAAUGGGCCUGGGGCCAGUAUUCUCCGCAGAUCAACCCAUACUCGUGGGUCAACCUGACAAACAUGCUGUGGGUGGAAUAUCCCGUGGGGGUGGGCUUUUCUCCUGGAACGCCCACCGCCACCAACGAAGAAGACCCAGCUGCCGAAUUCAUUCAAUUCUUCAAGAACUUCCAAACCAUCUUCAACAUCAGCAACUACAAGAUCUACGUCACCGGCGAGUCAUAUGCAGGACGCUACGUCCCCUACGUUGCAAAUGCCAUUCUUGACCAGAACGACAAGACCCACUUUAAUCUUUCUGGUGCCCUAGUUUACGACCCCUGCAUUGGAUCCUUCGCAGCCGGCAACGCGAUAGCAGUUUACCCGUACGUGGAGCAAAACAACAACAUCCUCGGCUUCAACGAAUCAUUCCUCACAACCCUCGCCGACCGCGACAAGCAGUGCGGAUGGGCCCAAUACCGACAAGAUUACAUCCAAUUCCCACCCAACGGCACCCAACCACCUCUGUACUUAAACAACACGGCCAACCCGGACUGCGACCUCUGGACUACUGUCUACGACAACGCCUACGGAGUCAACCCCUGUUUCAACGUAUACGAGCCCAACCUGCAAUGUCCAUUACUGUCCGAUCCGCUAGGCUAUCCCAGCGACAUUGUUUACUCGUACCCCGGUUUACCUCCCUACUUCAACCGCACGGACGUCAAAAAGGCCAUCCAUGCACCCCUUGACACAGAGUGGCAAUUGUGCAAAGGUCCCGUGUUCAUCGGCACAAACGGCGGUGGACCGGAAAACGAGAACGACACGAGUCCCGAUCCGAUUCAGCGGGUGUUGCCGAGGGUCAUUGAAGCCACGAACCGAGUCUUGGUGUCCAACGGCGCUCUCGAUCUCGAUCUGCUUACCAACGGUACAAUGCUUGCUAUCCAGAACAUGACUUGGAAUGGGCAAUUGGGGUUCCAGUCAACCCCAAACACGCCUAUUGUCAUCAAGUUGCCGGACUUGAUGUAUCAGGACGUCUUUGAGGAGAAUGGCUUUGGUGGAUUCGAUGCCUAUCAGGGGAUCAUGGGCGUGCAGCAUUUUGAGAGAGGUCUAAUGUGGGCUGAGACGUAUUUGAGUGGGCAUAUGCAGCCGCAGUUUCAGCCGAGGAGCAGUUAUCGCCAUUUGCAGUGGUUGUUGGGGAGGAUUGAUUCCUUGUGA